AUGGAGCACAAAGUCGUCUUCGUCCUGGCCAUUGUCCUCACGCUGGCCCUCAGCACGCUGUCGGAGACCCUGGCUGACACGUGUGUCGUGCAGGCUCAUCAAAGAAGUAAUUGUGGCUACCCUGGUGUCACGCGUGAGGAGUGUCAAAGUAAAGGCUGCUGUUUUGAUGACAAGAUUGUUGGAGUCCCCUGGUGUUACUACCCCGCAGCUGUAGAAGAAGAUGAUGAAACUAAUCAGGCAGCUCCUGGAAGAAACAUUUGUACCUACGACAUGGGACCUCGAGGUUCUGGGCUCUUGGUGGCCCUUCUCGUCCUGGGGCUGUGUGCCAUGGCAGCCAGUGAGAAGCCCUCCGCUUGCCGCUGCUCAAAGAUUAACCCCGAGAAGAGGGAGAACUGUGGCUUCCCUGGCAUUACCAGCGACCAGUGCUUCAAAUCCGGGUGCUGUUUCGACUCCAGCAUCUACGGCGUCCCUUGGUGUUUCACCCCGCUUCCAGUGGAAGAAGCGGAGCAGUGUGUCAUGGAAGUGGCAGAACGCAAGAACUGCGGGUACCCCGCCAUCAGCCCGGAAGACUGUGCCUCCCGAAAUUGCUGCUUUUCCGACACCAUCCCUAAUGUGCCUUGGUGUUUCUACCCUCUGUCUGUGGAAGAGAGCAGCUUCAACAACACGCUCGAUUUGGAGGAUGAUUUAAAGAGCCAUGGAGAGCAUGUCACGCAGGCUGCAGCCUUGCACGCAAUCACUAUUGCACUGAAGGCAUUUCAUGUGUCUGCUCUAAAGGGGCCUGACACUAUUCAGCUCAAUGGGCGGGAGUAG